AACACAGGCCACGCCCCCCAUCGGUUCUUUCCUCUAUACAUGUAAACAAACCCGUCAGGAGUUCGGAGGAUGACAGGAGGCAAGGUGGAUUUCGCCCUUAUACGGGAAGCCACUCGGUUAGAAUUAGUCAAGCUCCUCGAUGGGAUCCCAGGAACUAAGGCCAUUGUGUGGGAUGAGAAGCUUGCAGGACCGUUCAGUCAAGUUGCAGACUAUGCCUUCCUGCGGACCCAUGAUGUGUCCAAAAUGUACUACAUCAACAAGAACAAGCUGCCCCUAAACAACGUAGCUCACAUAAUCUUUCUGAGUCGGGCGCACACACAGAUCAUGGACCUCAUCAACCAACAGCUGCGGAUGGAGGAAGCACUUGGUGGCGGAAAGAAGGACUACCACCUCUGGUUGGUGCCUCGCGUCUCCCUCCUGUGUGAGCAGAGGCUGGAGGAAUACGGGGUGCAUGGUACCUUUGCCUCUAUUAGGGAGCUGCCGCUGCUGCUGUACCGCCUGGACAGCGACCUCAUCUCCAUGGAGCUGCCCAUGUGUUACAGGGAUCUUCACCUAGGUGGUGAUCCGACAUGCCUGUUCCUUGUGGCCCAGGCCCUCAUGACCAUCCAGGGAGUGUUUGGCCUUAUCCCCAACAUUUAUGGCAAGGGGGCAGCUGCUAAGCAGGUGUAUGAGCUGAUGGUGCGCAUGAGGCGAGAGAUGGGAGGGAACGAGCCACAGGUGACACCACAGAUAGACCAGCUGAUCCUCAUAGACCGUUCAGUGGACCUCAUCACACCCCUGGCGACACAGCUUACCUAUGAUGGACUUAUUGAUCAGUUCUUCACUAUAAACAAUUGCACAGUCAAAUUACCUGGGGAGAAGUUUGCAGCACAGUCUAACUCAGACUCGGGGACGGUGGACAACACCUUCUCUGAGAUCAAGACAAUACAACUCAACUCCUCCGAGGAACUAUAUGCUGAGAUCAGGGACUUCAACUUCUCAGCUGUGGGGCCUCGCUUGUCCCACCAUGCCAAGUCAGUGGUCGCGCAGUACGAGGAAAGACACGCUGCAAAGACCAUGGGAGAGCUGAAGCAGUUUGUACAGAAAAUACCACAAAUGGAGGCAUAUAAACAGAGUGUGGCCACCCACACGGCAAUAGCAGAGUUGAUCCAGGAAAGGAUAACUCGAGGAAUCUUUUGGCCAGCUCUUCAAAUGGAGCAAGAAUUUCUCAAGGGACUAGACACGGAUAAAGUGAACCCUUUUGUGGAGCAGUGUAUUGCUCAAAAGGAAUCUCUUAAUACUGUGCUGCGGCUGAUCUGCCUGCAGUGCACUGUCAACAGUGGCCUCAAGCCAAGGGUGCUGGAGCACUACAAGCGGGACAUCAUCCACACGUAUGGCUACCAACACUUCCUCACCCUGGAGAACCUGGAGAAGGCAGGCUUGCUGUACCCCCACCAGGGCCGCAGCACCUAUGCUGUGGUGCGCAAGACUCUGCAGCUGACGGUGGAUGAUGUCAGCGAGCACGAUCCCACGGACAUGGCUUAUGUUCAUUCAGGGUAUGCACCUUUAAGUUCUCGGCUGGUUGAGUUCCUGCAGGUGCCAGGCUGGCGUGCCAUCACUGGGGUGCUGCAGGUGCUGCCAGGACCCACCCUCACUGAGACACAGCAGCUGCCCAGUGCCCUCAGGCAGAGACGAGGGUCUGGGGGGUCAGUGCAGAGUGGACUGGAGGGUGGCACAGCGCUGGUCUUCUUCAUUGGAGGAUGCACCUACUCAGAGAUUGCUGCCUUGCGUUUUCUUUCCUCCCGGGUUGACCAAGGUGGCCCUGAGUACAUCAUUGCCACCACCAAGAUCAUCAAUGGUGACACUUUCUUGGAGUCAAUCGCUGAGCCUUUGCCGACAUAAGCCAAGAGAAGAGCACCUCCACAUUAUCUAGGAGCUGCAUGGUCUAAUGGUUUAUGGAAGUGAAAUGAGGGACAGUGCCUGUGAUAUAUUACCAUACUAUCUCCCUCUUCACUUUAUUGGAGGGCUGCUGUUAGCCAAGGAUAAGAAUUUUCUGUCUUUAUUCUGAGGCUGUAAAUAAUUUAACUCCAAGUUUUUGUUAAAAGAAUAGUACAUUGUAUUUUAUUGGUUUGUGAUUUGUAAGGUUUAUGAUCAGAGUAUGUGCUGAGAUUAUAACAAGCAGCUGAAGUAAGAAUUCAGUAUGAUAUAUAGUAAAUUAAUGAAGGUCUGAGGUUCACAUAGGCUGUCAUGUAUAUGUAGGAAAAUUUUAAAAAAUGUGAUUUAGAACACUGAUUGAACUUAUAUAAGCAAUCAGCAGUGAAUCACUUUCAUCCAUCCUUAUUUGUGGUUAUUCAUUCAUAUUUUGAAUUAUGAAAUCACUCAUCAGUUCAAGUUUACAGUGAUGAAUAAGGCUGGGAGUAAAUAAUUUGAGAUUGCAAUUGAAUGUAGAGUUACUGAGAGAAGAGAGUAGUCUCAGUAUCCAGAGGUGGUUUAGCUCUGUAGAGAGAGAGAGAGAGAGAGAGAGUGUGUGGGGAGAUGAAUGGAGUCUUAUAUCAUGACUGGAAACUCUCAGGAAUAGAUAGAAUAAAUAAAUAGGUAAUUAAAUGUGAAAAUGCAGUUGUGGUUAUGGUAAGAUAGAGGGGAGGUAUGGAUGGAUAGACGAGGUAAAGGAAGAUGUGAAUAGAUUGAUAAUUAUGAGGGAUAAUAGAGUUGGCAGGUGAGUAAGGGAGAAGGAGACAAUGAAGGGUGAAGAGAGAUAUGUGUUAUUUAGAGUACUCAAACCUUGGUGCUUAUGCAUAUAUAUAUAUAUAUAUAUAUAUAUAUAUAUAUAUAUAUAUAUAUAUAUAUAUAUAUAUAUAUAUAUAUAUAUAUAUAUAUAUAUAUCAGCUUGUAAUUCUCCCUAUAAAUUUUAUAUGGUGGCAUUUGUGGAGCAAAAGAAAGAGAGAAAUGGAGUUAUAAAUACAUUCCUUUUAAAAUAUGUUGUUUUAAGUCCACAGAUGAAUGAAAAAUAAAAGCAAGAUCUUUGUCA